AUGGUUCUGCUGUCCGCCCUGCUGGGCGUAGCCUACCUCCUGAAGAGGCAGGAGGACUGGGGAGACGUGCGCGCGCCCCUCGGCGUCCGCGGGCCGGAGGCCGUGCUGGCGGAGGCCGCGGGGGCCGCGCCCUUCCCUGCCGCGGCGCGGAACGCGCUGCUGGGGGACCCGAGCAGCCCAGCCGCGCUUGAUUGCAGGCAGGGUGAGCCCGGGUGCCUCCCGCUGGCGGCCCCUGGAGCGGCGGCGCCAGGGCAGCCGGCGCACACGAUCCUCGCCGUGGCUUGCGGGGCGGGCUCCGCGCAGAUCGAGGUCGCCUCCGAUGAAGGUUUCAGCAUCGGCGACGUGGUGGAGAUUAGAAGCCAGGUCAGCUCCGAGUCCAAGACCAUCACGGCCUUGGAUCCCAUGGAGCUGGACGGUCCUUUGAUCAGCAUGUACCCCGUCGGGUCCACAGUCACGCAGCAGGCGGCCGCGUGGUCGCAGGAGGAGGCCCAGGCGGGGCAGGCCGCUGAGGAUGCCGUCGAGGACGACUCGGCCCUGGCCGAGGCGCUGAACGUAGACGUUGAGCCACCGCUGGCGGCCGAGCCACCGCAGGUGGCCGAGCCACUGCAGGCGGCGGCGGUGGAGGCCUCGUUGGACGCCUGCGGCGCGGCGUGUUCCUCGCGCGGCAGGAGCGAGGGCUGCGGCCACCGCGUCCUUGCGGCUGCCGACAACUUCUUCAGGGGCAGGGGCGACGCGUGCGAGGCGGCGUACCUUUGGGUCUCUGAGGAUAUGCCCUUGGCGACCUCUAGGCCGUACGACUGUCUCUCGGGCUUCUUCAACUGGAAAAGAGGACUUGAUGGGCCGACGACAAGAAGAGCUGGUGCUGCGUGA